AUGGUGCUGCUGUUUACAUUCUUUGUCUCAUUUGGUUGUCUCGCAUGGGCAGACUUGCAUAUUCACACUUUCGUUAUUCAAUCGACAAAUAUUACUCGGCUAUGUGAAAAUUAUACCAUGGUCACAGUGAAUGGACAGCUUCCGGGUCCAACUCUGUAUGCCCGAAAUGAUGACACACUUAAUAUUACAGUUGUUAACAGAGCCCAACACAAUGCUACCAUCCACUGGCAUGGAAUCAGACAGAUUCGCACAGCGUGGGCUGAUGGACCCGAGUACAUUACACAGUGCCCUAUCCAACCAGGGGGGAAAUUUACGUACACAUUCACAAGUUUUUAUCAGGAAGGAACCUUGUGGUGGCAUGCCCAUGUGUCAUGGCUCCGUACAACAGUUCAUGGAGCAAUGGUCAUCCUUCCAAAGAAUGGCUGCUCUUAUCCGUUUACCCACCCACAUGCUGAGAUUCCUCUAGUGCUAGGGGAGUGGUGGAACACGGAUCCCAUCGAAGUCGAAGAGGAAGCAAAACUGAGUGGAGGCGCGCCGAAAGUUUCAGACGCUUUCACUAUAAAUGGACAACCCGGAGACCUCUAUUCCUGCUCAACUUCAGGAACAACAAGAUUCGCUGUACAACAGGGAAAAACCUAUCUUCUUCGUAUCGUUAAUGCUGCAGUCAAUAAUCACCUUUUUUUCAAGGUUGCUUCACACAAUCUUACAGUGGUAUCCGUGGAUGCCUCCUACACAAAGCCAUACACAACUGACAUUCUCAUGUUAACAUCCGGUCAGACUACUGACGUUCUUCCAACUGCCAAUCAAGUGAAAGCCAAAUACUAUAUUGCGGCCAAAGUAUACACUACACAGGAUGAAGGAAAUUUCGAUAACACCACAACAACGGCCAUUAUGAGCUACGUGGGUUCUAAUGCAUCUGCUACUCCAAUCUGUCCAGAGCUUCCAAUAUACAACGACACUGCAACUGUGACCACCUUUAGCCGAGCCUUAACAAGCUUGGCUUCACAGGAGCAUCCGGUGGACGUUCCCCGAAGCAUAAGCGACAGUAGCAUCAUAACUGUAGGACUCGGUUUACUUCCUUGUGCCACCGGGGCUACCUGUGGUGGCCCUGAAAAUAGCACACUGAGUGCCAGUAUGAACAACAUAUCUUUUGUGCUGCCAAAAGUUGCCAUUCUGCAAGCUUUUCACUUCCACAUUGAUGAUGUUUAUACCACCGACUUUCCUUCACAUCCACCAGUUGUGUUUGAUUAUACCGGGGAUGUAGACAAAACUCUGUGGGCGCCAAUUUCUGGCACAAAAGUGAAAGUGAUUGAAUAUAAUGCCACAGUUCAGAUUGUGUUCCAGGGAACCAACAUCUUCCAAGAAGACAACCAUCCAAUUCAUAUUCAUGGUUAUGACUUUUAUGUUGUAGGAGAGGGUUUUGGUAAUUUUAACAAUGAAACAGAUCCGAGCUCUUUCAAUCUGGUCGAUCCGCCUCAACGAAAUACUGUAGGGGUUCCUUUCAAUGGAUGGACUGCUGUCAGAUUCAAAGCUAGCAAUCCAGGUGUUCGGUUCGUACAUUGUCACUUCAAUGAUCAUGUAACUGUAAAGAUUAGAAAGAGGUUGAGCAUGGUUCUUCAAGUGAAGAACGGUCCCAGCAAGAUCAAAAGUUUGAAAGGUCCUCCUAAUGACCGUCUGGAAUGCUAG